GCCGCCCGCCCCUCUCACUCUCGCCGUCUCACUCCCUGUGUGUGCAACUGCAGUUCAGUGUCCACCACUCGUCGCACUCGCACCACAGGCAGGGCCGCAGAGGCAGAUACGGACGGAGGAGGCUGGGGAGCGCCCGCCGCCCGGGAUGGUUGGCUCGGCCGCCUACUCCGCCUCCGCCGCCGUGGUGGCGAUGGCAAAGGGCAACGGCAACGGCAACGGCAAGGGCGCCAAGGGCACCAAAAAGGUGUCACGGCCUCCUAGGAUUACAUCUAAUGUUAAGCAGAACUUGAGGAUUCUUAAAUUUUGGAAGGACUAUGAGAGGAGGCAAACAAGUGGACCUCAGCCUGCUACUAGGUAUCGCAAAAAGAAAGUAAUAAAAGAAGUGCUUCCUGAUGACACCGACAUCUAUGAGGACCCUUCCUCCACCCUUCACUUCACACAUCAGGGUUUGGAAAUUGCUUCACCGGUUAUUCUUGUGGAUGGUUACAAUGUGUGUGGCUACUGGGGAAAGCUUAAGAAGGAUUUCAUGAAUGGGAGGCAAGAAAUUGCAAGACAAAUGCUCAUUGAUGAGCUUGUAUCUUUCAGUGCAGUAAGAGAGGUAAAAGUUGUAGUGGUAUUUGAUGCUGCCAUGUCGGGGCUUUCUACACAUAAAGAAACGUAUAAAGGGGUUGAUGUUGUAUAUUCCGCCGGCUUAUCUGCUGAUUCUUGGAUAGAGAAGGAGGUCGAAGCCUUGGUGGCAGAUGGCUGCCCCAAAGUCUGGGUUGCAACAUCUGAUGCAUUGGAGCAACAAUUAGCGCAUGGAGAAGGUGCUCUUAUUUGGAGCUCUAAAAGAUUGGUCAAAGAGAUAAAAGAAUCAGAAAAGGAACUUGAUAUGGAGCUGAAAGAAACCAGGUCAACGUCGUUGCAAGGAAAACUUCUGCAGCACAAGCUGAACCCAAAAGUAGUACACGCAUUGAAAGGUCUUAGGAAUAAGCUUGAAGAACAAGAACGGAGAAAGAAGUGACUAACUGCUAGAUUAUGGUUGGCGAAAGAAGAGAGAGAAAACAGGUGUACAUAAGUGCAUUUGUGUGUGGACAUCCACUAACACUGGAUUCAUAGGCACUGGACAACUGAUGGAGCAAAAUCGAUGCAACCACGAAGGUUCUGCAACGAAGAUAACAUCAUGGAGAGCUGACAUCAUGUAAAAAGAAACGAAGCGACCGGUCGGCGCGCACACUCGCAGGCGACGGCCUCUGCCUUGUUCACGAUCCAUCUGCUUCGCAUGCGCGGGAGGGAAGCCUGGAUGCGCCAGCCGCUACCGCCUGCGAUACCUGGAGACCUGGACGGCUCGGCCUGACUUCCGGUCGGUGCCGACAGGAGAAGCCAUCCAAAUCCGUCUCUCUACUCACAGCUGCAAUCACCGGCAACAAAAUCUUUAACGGCAGCACCACCAACGUAGAUGUCCUCAUGGCGUAAACUGACUGUACUCGAAUAGUCGUUCGUGAAGCAUUUCACAUGACAAGAAUACCCGUCUCAAGUGAAGCUGACAUCCAAUUUCCACGCGAGAAAUAGAUCAAAUCUUGCCUUUGCCA